AGCCCGCCCCACCGGCUCGGAGCUCCAAGAUGGCGUCCGUGGCUCCGAGGCGUGCGUGGAGCCGCUCCGUGGCGUAGCCGGCUUGGAAGGAAACGGGGCCGAAUCGAACCGAAGCGGACCGCGCCGUUGCGCCGUGCUGCGCGCCAGCCGGCCCCGAGGAGUCGCCCCGGACGGCGGGACGGCGGGAGAUGCCGGUGAAGAAGAAGAGGAAAGCGCCCCCCGGGGCCGCGGGCGCGGCGGACGACGCCGGCCUCAAAAAGUGUAAAAUCUCCAGCUAUUGCAGAUCCCAACCCCCUGCUAGACUAAUAAGUGGAGAGGAACAUUUUUCAAGCAAGAAGUGCCUGGCUUGGUUUUAUGAGUAUGCAGGUCCUGAUGAAGUUGUAGGGCCAGAAGGAAUGGAAAAGUUUUGUGAAGACAUUGGUGUUGAACCUGAAAAUAUUAUUAUGUUAGUUUUAGCGUGGAAAUUGGAGGCUGAAAGCAUGGGAUUUUUUACCAAGGAAGAAUGGUUAAAGGGGAUGACUUCAUUACAGUGUGAUUGCACAGAAAAAUUACAGAAUAAAUUUGACUUUUUACGCUCACAGUUGAAUGAUAUUUCAGCAUUUAAGAAUAUCUACAGAUAUGCCUUUGAUUUUGCAAGGGAUAAAGAUCAGAGAAGCCUUGAUAUCGAUACUGCUAAGUCUAUGUUAGCUCUUCUGCUUGGGAGGACGUGGCCGCUGUUUUCAGUAUUUUACCAGUACCUAGAGCAAUCAAAAUACCGUGUUAUAAACAAAGAUCAAUGGUACAAUGUAUUAGAAUUCAGCAGAACAGUCCAUGCGGAUCUUAGUAACUAUGAUGAAGACGGUGCUUGGCCUGUUCUUCUUGAUGAGUUUGUUGAGUGGCAAAAAGUUCGCCAAACAUCAUAGCGAAAGCUGUCUGAAGAGAAAAUGCAGUCCUUUAGGUUUCCACAUGUAUACGAACUAAGCGAUGAGCAGGAAGAAACCCAAAGGGUUCGUUUUCAUUCCUGUGAAAGACAGACUUCUCACAGUACAUGUUUUCUCCUUUUUAUGAAAGGAAGUUUCCUUGUUACAUGUGAUGGGCGUUGAGCCACCCCUCUCCCGAGACUGAAUAUUAAGUUUGGUUUGAUUUGUUUUUGAGUUAUGUUUAUAACAUUUAUUUCAGAACAAUAAAGAUUCAUAUUUGUGACAAAGGCCUGAAAGUGAAAGAUUUCCCUUGA